AUGGCGAUUAACACAACAUUAACCUUAGCCAUUAUUAUUGCUUUAGUUUCAUCAUUUGCUAAUGCCUAUGAUCCAAGCCCUCUUCAAGACUUCUGUGUUGCGGCAAAUGACCCCAAAACCACUGUUUUUGUUAAUGGAAGAGUUUGCAAAGACCCAAAACUUGUAACUCCAGAAGAUUUCUUCACAACAGGUCUUAAUGCUUCCACAUUACCGGCAGCAUUCCCCGGCUCAACAUUUAGUUCGGCUAGUAUUAACAAUUUACCUGCAUUAAACACACUUGGUCUCACUUUGGUUCGCAAUGACUAUGUGGUUGGUACUGUUGUUCCACCCCACAUUCACCCUCGAGCAACUGAGCUUGCCAUUGUCUUGAAAGGUACUUUCUACUUUGGAUUUGUAACGGCUGAUCCAAGCGAUCCGACAAAGAAUCGAGUCUAUGCAAAAACGUACAACGUUGGAGAUGUUUUUGUUACCCCUCAAGGUCUUAUUCACUUUGGGGCUAACAUUGGAGCUGGGAAUGGAAGUACUUAUGCAGUUUUCAAUAGCCAAAGUCCUGGGUUUAAUUUUGUAUCGGAUCAGCUUUUUAGAUCUGACCCGCCCAUCUUAGAUGAUGUAUUAGCCAAAUCUUUUCGUGUGGAUGAGAAAGUGAUAAAGCAAAUUAGAGCACAAUUCUCUUAG